AUGAUGAGUAAUAGUACGGCUAAAAGAGACAUAUCAAUAUCUAAAUCAUUAUCAUAUUUACUUAGACACGGAGCAGAGAAAGAAAAUUUAUCAAUUGAUGAAUCAGGAUAUGUUAAAAUAUCACAACUAUUAAAUCAUCAAAGAUUAAAAAGUUUUAAAACUACAUUCGAUGAUAUUAGUCGAAUUGUAAAGAUUAAUGAUAAACAAAGAUUUCAAAUCAAGGACGAUUUAAUAUGUGCUACUCAAGGUCAUUCAAUGAAAAAUAUAAAUAAUGAAAAUUUACAAUUAUUAACUAAAGAAGAGUUAAUCAAUCUCCAUGUUUACCAUGGAACUACAACUUCAAAACUUUCGAUUAUUAAAUCUUCAGGUGGUCUUUCAAGAAUGAAUCGAAAUCAUAUUCAUCUUACAUGUAAAGAAUACUGUACGGUUUCAGGAAUCAAAAAACAAUCGAAUGUUUUGAUAUUUAUCGAUAUUAAUAAAUGUUUAAAUCAAGGAAUAAAGUUCUAUAAAAGUUUAAAUAAUGUUAUAUUAACUGAGGGUGAUGAACAAGGUUAUAUUAAAUGGGAUAAUAUUGAAAAGAUUAUACAAUUGAAUAAUACUCAUAAUAAGGAUAAUUUGCAAGGUAUAGAAUUGAAUAAAGAUGAGAUAUAA